GUAUCCUUUCAGUCGGCCGCUGAACCCGCGCGCCGCACGGUUGGUACGUUUAGUGUCCGCGUCUCUGCGUUCGAUUCUUCGUUCGUUCGUUCAUUUCGCGUACCGUUCUCGCUCCGUUUCUGCUCGCCGUCAUCGUUGUUGUACCACGUAGCCACGUAUCUCACACCGUGUCCUUACGCGACGGAACCGGCUCGCGUUCAGUGAGACUCUCUCGUCCUUUUCUCUGUUCUCUCUCUACUCCGGCACUGACCGACCGUCCGUCCGUCCGUUUGCCCGUCCGUCCGUCCACACAUCCGUCAGUCUGCCCGGAGGUGUUUGAUCUGAAGAGGAGAGCAGCGGCGGACCCGGCCACCACACGGACCCGGCUGGGCUCGAGAUACCCCCCUUGGAUUUUCAACGGCUCCUCGUACCGCGGUGGAUCGUCGCAGCACGCGGCCGCAACGCCGACGCGAAUCUCUUCUGCAUGAUCUCUCUGUUACGAACUACGUGCAUCGUACGGUAGGGAACGCACGAGAGACAACCGCGGAGCGACGAGGAUGUAGCCCACGAGGGUGGCUGCUGCUGCGUCUCGACGAGAAACAGAGAGCGAGAGAGAGAGAGAGAGAGAGAGAGAGAGAGAGAGAGAGAGAGAGAGAGAGAGAGAGAGAGAAAGUGUGAAUGAAAGAGUGUGUAUGUGUGUGUGUGUGUGAGAGAGAGAAAGAGAGAGAGAGAGAAAGCGAGUUUAUACACGAAUCUGAAAUCGACGAUGAUGACGCGCGCGAUACAGGGAAGAGGAAUCGACCGAGGGAAGAGCAGGGCAGUCUAGAAGCGAGAGAGGAAGAGAGAAAGAGAUUAGAAGGAAGGAGAGAGCGAGAGAGAGAGAGAGAGACAGAGACAGUGAUCUCCGCGGAGGGAAUGCGCCGGAUGUUAUCGCGAGACGCCGAGACUGAUAAAAACACUGCCAGGAGUAAUGACGAGCUAGAUCGCUCCGUCCGCUGAACCGUUCCCCGUCGAUCUUAGCUCUCGCUCCACGUUGAUCCCCCAUCCUCCCCCCAUCCUCAGCCCUCGUAUCAUCAAGCCUACCCUCGUCCGCGUCCCUUGCUUGCUCGCGGACACGCGCGCAUACGCACACGUAUUCACACACACACACACACACACACACACACGUACGUUGAACACACGGCGUCUCUCCUGCCUCCUCUGCCAGCGUGCACUCCCGAGAUCAAAGACUGAAAAUAAAAGGUGGCGACAUGUUGGGCGUGAGUCAGCCGGGCAACACGCCCUCGAGCUUGCGGCACUCGGCGAGCUUCUCCUGCUUGCAACGCGGUACCGCCGGCGAGGGUCAUCGCGCGAGGACCUCGACGUUGCUGCAGCAGCCGAGUCUGCAGCUGAGCGGCGUCGGUCAUCAUCAGUACACGUCCGGCCAGGCGGCCUCGCACUCCCUGUUGCAUCAGCAUCAGCAUCAGCAUCAGCAUCAACAGCAACAACAGCAGCAGCAGCAGCAGCAGCAACAGUCUCCGGGCGGUGCUCGAGUGCAUCAUCGCGAGCAGACGCUCGAUCCUGUUCAGGAUGGCAACGAUUACGGCUUCGUGAGGAUCCGGCCGCGGUUGCGCAGCACGAACGCGACCUUGUACCACGAGGAAGAGGUGGCGGCCGCCAAGAGCGCGCUGCGAGAGCGCGACGGCGCCGCGUUCAGCGACCGCGAGUGCGACUCCAACUUGAGGGACUGCGCGCUCAAGGUCAAGGACCGCGACCUCUCGCCGAAGGGAGCCGCCAAGAAUCAGAAUCCGCUGCGUGGCGCGUUGAUACUCUUCUCCACGUCGUCCUGGUGGAAGGCGCGCCAACGGGAGGAGCAGCUGAACGCCAACGGUGGAGCGGUCGCGUCCGUUGGCGCGGCCUCCUCCGAGAGGAAAUGGUCCAGCACCUCGAUGGCGUCGCCGUCGAACGAGAGAAAGUGGCAGUCCUCGAUGACGUCGCCCACCAACGAGCGGAAAUGGUCCGUGGGUAACAGUCUGCUGACGUCGCCGUCCAACGAGAGGAAGUGGACGAGAUCGUCGGUGUCGUCGACGAGUCAACAAGACCGGAAAUGGCGGUCUCUCGGCGCACUUCUAAGGACUCCCGGCAGUGGUGGUGGCGGCGGUGGCGGCAGCGGCGGCGGCGGCGGCGGCGGCGGUGGCGGCGGCGGUGGUGGUACUAGCGGUUCUCACGCCAGUCAGAAUUGCCUGUCGCACAACAUGAGCGUGUCCAUGAUCGAGGGUGAGCACUUCCGCCGCGACGAUUCACGCGGCACGAGCUGCAAGACGCGCUACCAGCAGCCGACCUCCUACUCGGCGCGUGUCUCCAGAGUCAGUAGAGACGUCUACAGGGAGAACACAGAGUUCGGCCAAGUCGGCAGGUCGAAGGUCAGCCGCAGGCUGUACCAGGACUGCGAGUCGACGGAGCGCGAGCUGGACGAGGGCCGACAUGCGCCGCCGCGCAACCGACACCAGCUGAUGGACGAGCUGGAGUGCAGGAACGGCAACCGCGGCGACGGCGGUGUCUGCAGGGCCCUGGCGGAGCAGAGCGUCGUGGAGAGUCGCGGCACGACCUCAACCAGCACCGCCACCACCACCAGAUCGAGUCGCGCGCAGAGCUUUUAUCUGCUGGACGACUUUUUGCGGCCGCAGCCGCAGCAAGGCGGCAAGUGCAUGCUGAAUCUCUAUCUGUCGCCGUCGCAGGCCGGCAAGCCAGCCGGCAGCGUUGAACAGCAGCACGGUAGGUCGUGCGAGGUCAGGCAGGCCUGCCAGGCGAACGUCAGCAACAUCACACCGCCGCGACGCCACAAUUCGAGCUCGGACAGCCUCGAGGUAGCGACCAGUCCGUUGCCGCCGCCGGUGCCGCCGCCGCCGCCGCAGGCGGCCGCCGCUAGGGACCGCGAGCGUACCGAGAACCCGAAGGACAGUAAGGACGUGUGCCCGUGCAAACUCUGCUGGACCAAUAUGCAGAGGUCCUUCGUCGAAGAGAGUCCUGGAACGUUGCACAAAGAUGUCGGCGGCGCUGGUACGAAGGUCAGCGAGAAAACGGUCGGCGGUGUCGGCACGGCGACCCUCACCACGCUCUCCUCCAUUAAUAACGCGUCCAACACCGGCCGAAACAAAAACAACCCCGUAUCUCACGAGAAAUUGCCGUCUUUCUUCAACACCAAGCCGACGCGCGGAGUGGAUAAAACGGACAACAACAAUGCCAACAAUUCCAACACGAGCAACAACAUCCACAAUAUGCCGCUGCACGAGCCCCUCAGCGCUACUUCUCACGAAGUAUACGCUGGGAGACUGCCAAUGACACCUCAGGAAGCGGUGAAGUACUACGGCUCCAGGCUGACGGAGUUUGAGCGCGCCGAGAUCGAGAAGUACUCGGAGAUCUGGUACCUGGGCCUGUCGGCCCACAAGAUCCACGGCGAGGAGGUGUCCUCCCAGAACGGCGGCUACGACGACGAAAACGGCAGUUACAACAAGGUCCUGCACGAUCACAUCUCCUAUAGAUACGAGAUACUGGAGGUGAUCGGCAAGGGAAGUUUCGGCCAGGUGAUUCGAGCGCUGGAUCACAAGACCGGACAGCACAUCGCCAUCAAGAUCAUCAGGAACAAGAAGAGAUUCCAUCAUCAGGCGCUCAUCGAGGUGAGGAUCUUGGAGCACCUGAGGAAGAAGGACUUGGAGGCGAACUCGUCGCACAAUGUGAUACACAUGUUAGAGUAUUUUUACUUCAGGAAUCACCUGUGCAUCAGCUUCGAAUUAAUGAGCUUGAAUCUGUACGAGUUAAUCAAAAAGAACAACUACCAGGGAUUCAGUCUGAGCCUAAUUCGCCGUUUCGCCAACUCGCUAAUUAGUUGCCUGAGACUGCUCUACCGAGAGAAUAUCAUUCACUGCGACUUGAAGCCGGAGAACGUGCUGCUGAAGCAACGGGGAAGCAGCUCGAUCAAAGUCAUAGACUUUGGCUCGUCGUGUUACAGCCAUCAGCGCGUGUACACAUACAUACAGUCCAGGUUCUACAGGAGCCCGGAAGUGAUCCUCGGCCUUCCUUACGGCACGCCGAUCGACAUGUGGAGCCUGGGCUGUAUCUUGGCGGAGCUGUAUACGGGGUACCCGCUGUUUCCGGGCGAGGACGAGAUAGAACAGCUCGCCUGCAUCAUGGAGGUUCUUGGUCUGCCGCCCGAGCACAUUAUCAGCCACGCGUCUCGUCGCAGACUCUUUUUCGAUCAAAAAGGCAGUCCGCGAUGUGUGACAAACAGCAAAGGCAAGAAGAGAUGGGCGGGCAGCAGGAACCUCUCAAUAGCCCUACGGUGCUCCGACAUGCUCUUCGUGAACUUUGUUAGCAGAUGCCUCGAGUGGGAUCCAAAGAAGCGUAUGACCCCCGACGAGGCGAUGCGUCACGAAUGGCUGAACUCGUCAUCCUCCCACGUGAGCUCCUCCUCGUCGGCGAUAGCCUCGUCGACAGUGAACGCGAGCGCGAACACGACGACGAGCAGCGUCGAGACGUCGCAGUCAGCGCACGCGCAGACGGUAAGCGUGACGGUGAGCGCGCCGCGGCAGCGUGCUACGACAAUGGAGGACCCGCCGUACACCAUGUACCGAUUGUACAAGGGCCGCAAGUACGUCCAGAAGAUCUCGACGACGUCGGGCGACAGCGGCACCGAUAACGGUGGUGGCGGUGGUGGCGGUCUCGUGGUUAAGAGCAAGCUGAAUGGCAGUGCGAGCAGCCACGCGCUAGCGAGCAGCACACAGACGGCGACGUCGAGGCAUGCAUCGACCGGCGACAUUGUCGCGAGCCUCGACCCGAAUCUCGACGACUCAGGCACGUUCCUGCCGCCGAUAUUGUGAAGUCGGGUUUGCGCCAGCCACUUCUAAACACGCACUCUCACCUCGCGCACUCUCCACGCGCGACCGGGCUCGCUCCUUGCGCCGCCGCUUCGACUCGUUCGCGUCUGAACGCGACGACUGAUCGCGAAGGUCGCGAUUGUCGCGGCAGAGGCGGCAUCUCGAUGU